AUGCUCGAAGAAGUAGAACCAUAUGGAGAAAUUUCCCAUAAAUUUACAAAAUACGGUGAUGAAUUAUGGAAAUUACUAAAUCCAGAUUCAAAUUUUAUUCAAUUAAGAUCAGAAACUUCAGCUUAUGAAUUUCAAAAUGUUGCAUGUUAUAAUUUAAUAAUUCAUAGUUUAAAUUGUCUGAGAAAAGCAUGUUAUUUAAAUCCAAGGGAUCAACUACCUCCUGAAGUGCUCAAUACACUAGAUUAUUCAUAUGAUAUAUCAUUUAUGGAGCUUGAGUAUACAUUAAUCGAUGAGGAAAUGUUAAAAAAGGCUGAAGCUGAUAAAAAUGGUACGAAUUAUGAACAAAAAAUAUCAAGUAUUCCUGAAUUCAAAAAAGUUGAAAAGGAAAUAACGUCAAUUUAUGACUACGUGCCUAAACGUAAGCAAUCAACGUCAUCCUCCAAUCAAGAGCAUUUAAAUAAGGUAAUAAUUGAAAAGGAUAAUGAAUUGAAAGAUUUAAAAUUGAAUAUUACUAUGCUUGAACAAUAUAUGAAAUCAUUAUCAGCAGAGAACAAAAAAACAAUUGAAGAAUGGAAGUCAAAAAAUGAGGAAAUAAAGCAGAAGUUAAAUGACAAAAUGAAAAUUGUUGAAUCCUUGAAAAUUGAAAAUGAUGAAUUGAAUCGAGAGAUCCAUUCUCUUGAAGAUGAAAAUAUUGAGAAGAAUAUGUUUACUGAUAUUACUUCCCAAAAAGAGUACAAUGAAAAGAUGAAGAUGGUAGAGAAAUUAUUAAACAUGAAACAAAAAUAUGAAAUAUUGAAUGAUAUUGAUUUAUCAUAUAUGAAACCAAUUGAGAGACCUAAGUUGUUCAAGAGUUUAAGUCCUAUUCAUGUUGUUUCUGAUAGUUUGAGAGAGCUAGCUGGUUCUAUUCAUCCUGUCAAAAUUGAAGAUUAUAAGAAUGAGAGGGUUCAACAUUUGAUUAAUCGGGAGAAUUUUGUUAAUUAUGAAUCUAUUAAAAAUCAUCAAUUUCUUCAUUAUCAGCUAUAG